UCAUGGGAAAUUCACUUGCAUGCUUCUCUCCAAUAACAAGAACAUCUAACAAAGCAGAAGCAGCGGCGGCAGAAUCUAAUUCACCACCACCACCAGCAAAGGAGAUUCUUCCGCCGUGGCUAUCACCCUCAGCCGCACUAAGAAAAUCAAGAAAAUUACUAUAUUCUCCCUCGUCGAAAAAAUCAUACUCAUCAAGGGAGGAGGAGCAUCAGCUGGUAUACGAUGAUUCGUACAUAAAGCAACAAGCGCAGAUAGCGUCGAUGCUGUAUCAGCACCACUUGAUGCAGAACAACGGUGGUGAUCUUCUUCUUAACCUGGACCGCUCCGUAUCCAGCAAAAACCCUACUGGUGGGCCCAAGAAGUUAUCCAGGCGAUCUCGCUCUCUCUCUUCUUCCACUGCUUCUCUCUCUUCCUUGCACCUCCCUAAUCAGGAUGUAAUAACAAGAAGUGAUGAUUGCAAGCAUUUUGUGCUGGUUCAUGGUGGAGGAUUUGGUGCAUGGUGUUGGUACAAAAUAAUAGCACUCUUGAAAGAAAGCAAAUUUGAAGUUGAUGCAUUAGAUCUAAGUGGCUCUGGUUCUAAUUUUUGUGACACAAAUUCCAUCACAAGUUUAUCACAAUAUUCAGCCCCUCUAACUCAAUUUCUAGCAAAUCUUGACAAGGGCAAAAAGGUAAUUUUGGUAGGGCAUGAUAUUGGUGGAGCUUGCAUUUCCUAUGCAAUGGAGAUGUUUCCAUCCAAAGUUUCUAUGGCCAUUUUUGUUGCUGCCACUAUGCUCACUAAUGACCAAAGUGCCCUUGAUGUCUUCUCUCAGCAGGUCUGCACGAUACUCUCUCUCUCUCCGUUUUAAAAUAACUAUCGUUUAAGGUUUCAAUCGUUUAAGGUUUCAGCACAACUAACUAAAUAUCAAAUAUGUAUAGGACUAUAGUUUAUUUACUCUCUCAACUUGUGCCUGCAUUUAUGUGAUAGAAUUUAGGAGUAACGAGGGCAAAAUUGGUAGAAAAAAAAAGUAACUAACACAAAAUUGGUAUAAUUAGGUGAUAAAUUAUUAAAAGAAAAAAAAGGGCAAAUUACAAGAAACGCCUAAUUCUAAAAAAAAAACCAUCCAUGUAUGCAUAAUUACGAGCAC